CAAGCCCCGCCCCGCCCCGCUCCGGGCGCCUCUCGCCACUGGGACCGUCUGCGCCAGGCUGAGCCCCGCCACAGGCUCUGACCAUCUCCCGGACCCCAGGCUGCAGGCCGUCCCCCGGCCAGGACGCCCCUUUGGUCCUGCUCUACAGUGAGCCCAGCGAGGCCGCAGCUCCCCACCCCAUGGAGCCCCAGGACCCCAGCGUGCAGUACAGCAGGUGGGAGGAGGUCAGUGUGGGCGCUGUGUCCAGCCCAGAAGAGGCCUCCUGCUGGCAGAGGCUCUCCGGGAAGCUGUGCUCGGGCAGGCUGGGCCUCACCCUGAGGAUGCUGGGAGGCCUGGCCCUCUUCUGGGUCAUCUUCAUCUUGGGCUACGUCACCGGCUACUUCGUCCACAAGUGCAAAUAGUGCCGGCCGGGGCCACGGGCUCAGGCGCCCCAACACACAUCCUGUACAGCC